AUGUCUAGAAAGCCUGAUGCAGCGGGCGCUCCGGCCAAAGCGUCAAACAACCCUACCGCCGAGCCCUCAGAACCCGCUACGACUGCACCCCAGUCUGCCUCCUUCGAGAAUUUGCGAGACAAGAUCCAGACACGCUUGCAGUCUUCCGACCGAAGAACUAGAAAACAACAGUCCAAGAAGCAAGGCAACGCCCCGUCUGGUCAUAGUGGCAAGCCAAAAAGCCAGCAUGACGCAGGCUCUGACCGAGGAAAAAAGCGGGAUCGAAAUGGGGAGGUACUCAACGCUUCGAAGCCAGAGCGCCCGCCACAGGAAGAGGGUGAAGACGAUGUUUUUCGAACAGAAGUUAAGGCCCUUGGAGGCACUGCCGAGGAUCUGGAUCUACUGGCGGACGCCGAAUCGGAGUCAGAAGUAGAGGGCGCAGCUGACGAAAGACCUCAAAAGUCCCAACCGGCCAAAAACGAUGCUGGUGGUCUAGAAAAGGGCAUAAAAAACAUUCUCGGAGAGAUUGCCUUGGUACAAGGCGAGCUCGGCGAGGAUGAUAAUGCCGACGAGGAUGAAGAGGCGGAGCCAACAAUUGCAACCAGCUCCAAAUCACAAGUGGCUGGAGAGAAGCCGCAAGAUAAGGCAGACAAGACAGCCAAAGGUGUGCGUGGAAAGCAGCCGCAAUAUCUUUGCGAACCUAAGCCGGACUGGUACGAUGUACCAGAACCAAUCGUCGAUACUGAACAGAAACCGAAAUACACUCCUUCACUGGAGACACUCAAUGAGAUCGCUGAGUAUGCCAAAUCCCUGCUUGAGGAAGAAAAUCAGAAGUUCAAGGAAUCGCAACAAUCGUCUUCUGCGCAGUCAUUCUACAAUACUGUGAUCACCUCUGGUACGUUAUCAGACAAGAUCUCAGCCCUGACACUGGCAGUGCAAGAAUCACCCGUCCACAAUAUGCGUGCGCUUGAGUCAUUGAUUGCACUAGCGAGGAAAAGGAGUCGGUCCCAAGCUGUCGACGUUCUUCGAGCUCUCAAAGACCUUUUUGCACAAGGGUCUUUGCUGCCCGAGUCAAGAAAACUCUUUUCCCUCCAGACUCAACCAGCCCUACCAUAUGUGUUCGGACAAACGAAAACGUGGAGGAGGGGCGAUAGACUACCUCGGGCCUUGGAUCAGGUCCACCUUGUGCUCUGGGCAUUUGAGAGCUGGCUGAAAGAGCAGUACUUUGAGGUUCUGAAGAUUCUCGAGGUUUGGUGCAAUGACGAGAUCGAUUUCUCCAAGGCACGAGCUGUCAGCUAUGUCUAUGAGCUGCUCAAGGAGCGGCCGGAGCAGGAGUCCAAUCUGCUGAGGCUGCUAAUCAACAAGCUGGGGGAUCCGAUCAAGAAGAUUGCUUCACAGGCGUCAUACUUGCUCAUGCAGCUGCUAAUCGCACAUCCUGCAAUGAAAGAAAUUGUGGUCUCCGCGAUUGAGAAUGACUUCAUCUUCAGGCCGGGCCCGGGCCAAAGCGCCCACGGAAAGUAUUAUGCAGUUGUCACACUGAACCAGACGGCUUUGAGUGGCAAAGAAGAGAACGUGGCCAAGAAACUACUUAAUAUUUACUUCAGUCUGUUUACGGGAUUGUUGAAGCCUGUCAGUGCAACAGCCGGUGACAAGUCGGAGCAACGCGAGCAUCCAGAACAGGGGAAGAACAAGAAGAAGCCUCAAGCCUCGGGUCAAAUGCAGACAGAAGAACUGAGAGAGAAGCUGAUUUCGGCUAUUCUGACUGGAGUCAAUCGUGCGUACCCAUACGUGGGUGCUGAUGAGACAAGCUUUACCAACCACAUGGAGACGUUGUUCAAGAUCACCCACUCGUCCAACUUCAAUACAAGCGUGCAAGCCAUGAUGCUCAUUCAGCAACUAUCUACCACGCACAAAGCGUCAAACGACCGGUUUUAUCGGGUGCUGUAUGAGUCUUUGCUGGACCCUCGGCUUAUCAUCGCAUCGAAACAGCAACUGUACCUCAAUCUAUUGCACCGCUCUCUCAAAGCUGAUUUGAAUGUCAAGCGGGUUAAGGCGUUUGUCAAGAGAUUGGUACAAAUAUUGUCGCUCCACGAACCAUCCUUCAUUUGCGGUGCGUUCUUUCUCAUUCAAGAUCUUCAGUCCGCAUUCCCGUCACUGUCAGGUCUUAUAGACCAGGCGGAGGACCAUGACGAUGAUGAAGAGGUAUUUCGAGAUGUGGAUGAAGAUGGCACCGAAGUCCCCACUGACCUAGCGGACACGCCGCUAGGAAACAUCUACGAUGGACACAAGCGUGCGCCGGAGCAUGCCAACGCGGACAAUAGCUGUCUUUGGGAAAUCCUACCUUUCCUCGCGCACUUCCAUCCAUCUGUAUCGGUAAGCGCAGAUCAUGUCUUGCGACACGCCAAGUUACCUGGAAAGCCCGACCUCAGUUUGCAUACCCUUAGCCACUUUUUGGAUCGCUUUGUCUAUCGUAAUCCGAAACUGUCAUCUGGCGGAUUGCGCGGAUCGUCCAUCAUGCAACCAAUGGCCAACGAUACACAAAAUGUGCUCAUUAGUGGUUCUUUGGGUGUUGGUCGCAGACUGCCUGUGAACAGCGAAGCGUUCAAGACCAAGAAGCAAGAUCAAGUAGCGGCGGAAGACGUUUUCUUCCAUCAGUACUUCUCGAGCUUGGGUAAGGCAGGGAGCAAGAAGACGAAAGCGCAGAAGAAGCGCGGAGAUGGGGAUGAAGAGUCGGGCGACGAAGACGAAGUGUGGAAGGCCAUGAUGGAGAGUGCACCUGAUUUAGAGGGUAUAGAAGAUGAUGAGGACGAUAUUGAUUUGUCCGACCUUGAAUCAGAGAUGGGAGAGUCGGACGAAGGAGGAAUGGACAUUGAUGAGGGUGACGAGGGAGUGGACCUCGAUCCUGCGAUCUUCGAUGAAGACGACGAGGAUCUAAUGGGCAUGGAUAUGGAAGAGCCCGAUCAAAGCGAUGCCUCUGACUUUGAAGGCUUCGACGAGCAGCCCUCUAGCAAAAAGACAAAGAGCAAGGAUGAGAAGGAGAAGCAAAAGAAGGCCAAGAAGGCUAAGAAGAACUUGCCGACAUUCGCAUCUGCGGCCGAUUAUGCCAAGAUGCUCGACGACGACGAGGAUGAAGAUAUGGGAAUGUGAUCAGAAAGGGGGAAAGAUAUCCUCGUGUGGUCCGAUUGAAGUGCUAGUCCAAGAAAUUCCAAGAAAUUCCAAGAAAUUGAAGAAGCAAUCCAAGCAAUCCAAGCAAUCCAAGAAUCCAAGAAUCCAA